GAGGAGGGGAAAAGAAGGCGGAGCGCCGGCCGAGGAGCAGCCCCAGGAGAAGCAGACCCCGCUGAGCGGGAUUGAGGCGCAGAGAAGGAGCCGCUUCCAGCACUGGGGCUGCGGGCCAUGAACCUGGUGGCGGAGAGGCCCGAGCAGAAGCGGAGGCCCCCCGAAUGCUGUUUGCUGGAGCCCGAGCCGAAACGGCUAUGUAGAAGUUCAGAGACAGUUAUCUGCACUUCCCACCCACCAAGCAAGUGUGCUGAAGAUUACGACAGUAUGGAGCUGGAUCUGAAGCAGAACAAUCCUACGGAAUUUUUCAACCCUCAGAAGAUGAAAGAAAAGCCAACUUUAUUGAUAUUUCCGAAUAAUGAAACCAGAACUCCUGUUCAACCCUGUCCAAGAUGUAUUGCUGGAGAACCUGGUCACUUCAGCCACAUUAUGAAUUUAUAGAAGAUCAGAGACCAUUGAUGCA